AAAGCAAAGUUCUGGUGGCAGGCAAUAUAACUAGACCGUCUAGAUCAGUGGCAGAUACAACAUCAGGGGGCAAAGGGGGCAAUUGCCUUCUCCGACAAGCCCAAAAAAGCUUACCGAAAAGAUACAUUGAGAGCCGUACACCGUGCGUCUGAAGGGACACUAAAACUAAUCAGAGUUUUAAACAAGUUCGUGCAUGUUUGCUAUGAAUAACUCGAAAAGUAAUGGUUUUAAAGUGUCACCCUGUGGCACACCUCUGGUAAAGCAUGGCAGUCCAUGAUGUUUACUGUCACAUGCUCAAUCCAAUAAUUUGCUUUAUUUGGUAAGAAGACGACAUGUGGGAUUAUCGAAUCCUUGGAAACAAUUGUGAUAAUAAUAAUUGCUACCAUAGCAAAAUAUACCAACCCAGUUAGGUCGAUUGAAUUUUCAAAAACUCGUAUAAACGUUAACACUAUCACGCACAUCUUUUCUUUUUCGUUUCAGGACGUCUGGCGAGAUAUGAGUGUGAGUACAUUGCGCACGCUAAAUUAGUACUAGCACGUGGGAUUUGUGGAAAAAGGUAGUUUGUGUCUCUUUAGGAUGAGUGUAUUGGAAGGAUGCAAAAUGUCUAACUGCAUCCAUGACCAUUUACUAAACUGCUGGUUGGAGAUGAUCUUGCAAUUGGCACAGUAGCCUCCAAAAUUUUUUUUUUAGAUUCUUCGGAAAAUCACGACAUUUAUCUUAUCUUUUUAUUUGAUUAAUAUCAGCUUUUUUGUAGUUAUCUUAUCUUAGGAAAAGAGAAACUAAAACAAGAUUCAAUUGUCCUUCUGUGCUCCCCUUGCUAAUAUGUUUUGAAUUUAAUCUAGAUUAAUCAAAUUUGUUAAAUUUACUUUCACCAAGGUUAGGUAAAGCUGAGUGAUAUUAAGCCAUAAAUAAUAGCGAAUUAACUAUUUAACAAACAAUGCUUGAUGUGUAAUAAUAAGACGUUUCUUUUUGCUAUAUUCGGGUCGCUCGGUAUGCGAGAGUUCUGACAGGAAGGGGAACACAGGUAAAAAAGGUUGGGAAGGGUUUACUUCCAGGAUUCUUUUCACAGAAGUAGUGUUUUGUGUCGAACUUUACAAUGAUGUCGGAGGAAAAACAAGCUAUAGUCAAAACCCCAUCAUGGUGGAAAAGAAGAACAAAGAUCGAGCAAUGUCUAAUACAAGUAUCAACUGUAAUUUCACUAAUCACAAUUGGGUUAGUAGUGAUAUUAGUCAUUGCCUUGGUCUAUAUAAAUGAAGACAACUCAAAGUCUACUUCCCAUUUUGGUGAAACCGUGAUCGUAGGUAAAGCGUUACAAAAUGAUCGCCCAGUUAUGGCAAGUAGAAUCUCGAGGCAAAACUCCAAAACUAUUUGUAUGACAGAAGGCUGUAAUCGCACAGCGUCGUACGUCUUAUCCAAUAUGGAUCUAAGUGUUGAUCCCUGCGAUGAUUUCUAUCGAUUUGCUUGUGGCAGCUUUAUAAACAAGACAAGUAUUCCAGACGACAAGUCCUUCGUCACAUCAUUUUCAGGAUUAAAUGAUUUGCUUCAAGUUCAGUUAAGAUCAAUGAUAGAAGAGCCCAUUAUGCCAGAAGAGAUCCAUCCUUUCGUACAAAUUAAAAAGCUUUACAGCUCAUGCAUGAAUACAACUGCGAUUGAACUUGACCGUUUGAAGACCAUCAAAUCCAUCAUAAAAGGUUUAGGUGGAUGGCCAGUGAUAGAAGGACAACGAUGGAAUCAAGCGAAGUUUGACUGGAUACAGUCCGUGUAUAAAUUUCGAAAAGCUGGCUACAGUUUGGACUACUUCCUGGCGUUUACUGUUGCAGUUGACUACAGGAAUACCACAAAGCGAGUCAUUCAGAUUGAUCAAGCGAUAUUAUCGCUAGCCAAAGAAUUAUUUAGUAAGGGUCUUGAGAAUGAUGUCGUUCGGGCCUACUAUAAUUAUAUGGUUGAUAUCGCCGUUAUGUUCGGUGCUAAUCGACUGACUGCCAAAACGCAACUUAAAAAAGCAUUGGAGUUUGAAAUGAAGCUAUCCAACGUCACGAUGUCAAUGGAGGAUCGAAGAAACUACAGUCUAUUAUAUAAUCCUAUAUCGGUGUGCGACCUUCAGGAUAUGUUUCCAAGCAUUCGUUGGUUAGAAUACUUAAAUUCAGCGUUGAAUAUUCCAAACGUUCAAAUACAAGAGACCGAUAUAGUAAUAGUUUCUGUUCCUAGUUACAUUUCAGAACUAGAAAAAUUGAUUAACAGCACAUCUAAAAGGAUUCAAGCAAACUAUGUAAUGUGGAGAGCUAUAGCUUCAUCGGUACCUUACCUCACCGAAGCAUUGCGACAACGAGAACUGCAAUAUACCAAAUUUUUGAACGGACGUACGGAAAGAGUGCCCAGGUGGAAAGAAUGCACCGAUUUAGUGACACAAAGUUUGUCGGUUGCUGUAGGUGCUCUGUACGUUCGCAAAUAUUUUCCCAAGGGUGCCAAAGAGAAGGCCACAGAAAUAAUCUCUGAUAUUAAGGCAGAAUUUAUUGAUAUUCUCAAAGGGGUCGAUUGGAUGGAUAACGUUACCAGAAGCCACGCUUUGGAAAAAGCUAAUGCAAUGGUGCCGCAUGUGGCGUACCCCGAUGAGUUGCUUUCAGAUAAAGAAAUCGAAGGGGUUUUCGAAGGGCUAAAUUUAACCAGUAAUACGUAUCUAGAGGUUAGGUUGAGUCUCACGCGGUUUGCAGCCGAUUCCUCCUACAAAAAGCUUAACCAACCGGUUAAGAAAAACGAUUGGAUUUCUGUUGGACGACCCGCCGUUAUCAACGCAUUUUAUUCUUUUCUCGACAACAGUAUGCAAUUUCCUGCUGGGAUAUUGCAAGGCGUAUUCUUUAGCAAUGACAGGCCACAAUACAUGAACUAUGGCGCCAUUGGUUUUGUGGCCGGUCACGAAAUCACCCACGGAUUCGAUGACCAGGGUCGACAGUUUGAUAAAGAUGGAAAUUUGGUCGACUGGUGGGCACCCCCAACAAAGGCGGCGUUUUUAAAGAACGCCAAAUGCAUAAUCAAUCAAUACGGAAAUUAUAGCAUACCUGAAUUGGGUUUAAAAGUGAAUGGUAUCAACACACAAGGUGAAAAUAUAGCCGACAACGGUGGAGUUAAAGAGGCGUAUUUAGCUUACGGCUCAUGGGUUAAGCGUCACGGGCCCGAACCAGGAUUACCCGGUUUAGAUUAUACGUCCGAACAAAUGUUUUGGAUUUCAAGCGCGAACGUAUGGUGCUCUGUGCAUCGUCCAGAAUCUCAAAGAACGAAGAUCUUAUCUGGAUACCAUUCCCCAGACAACUUUAGAGUGCAAGGACCGCUCAGCAAUUCUCCUAUAUUUUCGAAAGAUUUUAAUUGCCCAGUAGGUUCAAAAAUGAAUCCGGUACAUAAGUGCGCUGUGUGGUGAUCCUAUGUUUUUAACAGUUUGUUAAAUGAUUCUAAAUAAAUACUUGCCUUAAGACACAAAAAAA